AUCUUGAUCAUGGACAGUGAAGAAAUUCCAACUUUCUCGAGUCCAAAGGAGGAAACUGCCUACUGGAAAGAGCUUUCCUUGAAGUACAAGCAGAGCUUCCAGGAGGCUCGGGAAGAGCUGGCUGAAUUCCAGGAGGGAAGCAGAGAGUUAGAGGCUGAGUUGGAGGCACAGCUAGUGCAAGCUGAGCAGAGGAAUAGAGAUUUACAAGCAGAUAACCAAAGACUGAAGUAUGAAGUGGAGACUUUAAAGGAGAAACUGGAGCACCAGUAUGCACAGAGUUACAAGCAGGUGUCAUUGUUAGAGGAUGACCUGAGCCAGACACGAGCCAUUAAGGAUCAGCUGCACAAGUAUGUGAGGGAGCUGGAGCAGGCCAACGAUGACCUGGAGCGUGCAAAGAGGGCAACAAUAGUUUCAUUGGAAGACUUUGAACAAAGGCUGAACCAAGCUAUUGAGAGAAAUGCCUUUUUGGAAAGCGAACUGGAUGACAAGGAGUCAUUGCUGGUUUCUGUACAGAGAUUAAAGGAUGAAGCCAGAGACCUGCGGCAGGAGCUGGCCGUGCGGGAGAGGCAGCAGGAGGUGACCCGAAAGUCAGCCCCCAGCUCCCCCACCCUGGACUGUGAGAAGAUGGACUCAGCUGUCCAGGCAUCUCUCUCCUUGCCAGCUACACCCGUUGGAAAGGGAUCAGAAAACAGUUUUCCUUCCCCAAAAGCUAUACCAAAUGGAUUUGGUACCAGCCCACUUACUCCUUCAGCUAGGAUAUCUGCACUCAACAUCGUGGGAGAUCUGCUACGGAAAGUGGGGGCCUUAGAAUCCAAAUUAGCUGCGUGCAGAAACUUCGCAAAGGACCAGGCGUCACGGAAAUCCUACAUUUCAGGGAACGUCAACAGCGCCGUCAUCAACAGCAACGGCACCAAGUACCCACACCCAGGGCACACCUCCUUCUUCGACAAAGGGGCAGUGAACGGCUUUGAUCAAGGCCCCCCGGGGCUGGGAGCCUCUCGACCUUCCUCAGCCCCUGGAAUGCUGCCCCUGAGCGUAUGAGCUGCGGCACGGCAGGAGUGCUUGGACUUGCGGAUGCUUUCUCAGCCCACCAUGAGAA